ACGCUGUGUCCUUCACUCAGCCAGAACUCUUCUACUACCAUUAGUAUACAAAAUGAAAGCCCUCGUCUACACCGGCCCCGGAAAAGUCUCAGUCCUCGAGCGUCCCAAGCCCACCAUCCAAGCCCCCACAGACGCAGUCAUCAAGCUCCUCCACGCCUCAAUCUGCGGAACAGACCUGCACAUCCUCAAAGGCGACGUCCCCAGCAUCCAGCCAGGCCUCACUCUCGGGCACGAAGGGGUAGGCAUUAUCGACGCUGUCGGCUCCGCCGUGCACAAGUUCCAAGUCGGCGAUCGCGUCCUCAUCUCAUGCAUGACCUCCUGCGGGGCCUGCCGGUUCUGCCAGCGGGGAAUCACAUCACACUGCGUAUCAGGCGGGUGGGUGCUGGGGAAUCGGAUUGACGGGACCCAGGCGGAGUAUGUGCGUGUACCGCAUGCGACAUUGUCGCUGCAUGCCCUGCCGGCCUCGAUCCCCCCGCGCGAUGCGGUCGCCGUGUCUGAUGCGUUUCCGACGGGUUUGGAGUGUGGGGUUUUGAGUGCGAAUGUCCAGCCUGGUGGGUCGGUGGUGAUUGUGGGUGCUGGGCCUGUGGGGAUGGCUGCGCUGUUGACGGCGAGAUUGUAUACGCCGGCGCUGAUUGUUAUGGUGGAUCUUGACGAGGCGCGGCUGGAGACGGCGAGGAGGUUGGGCGCUCAUGCUGCGGUGCGGUCUGGCAAGGAUGCAGUGCAGCAGCUUCUGGAUUUGACGCAGGGAGAAGGGUUUGAUUCUGUGAUUGAGGCUGUGGGAGUGCCGGCGACGUUUGCGCUCAGCCAGGAGCUGGUGGCUGUGGGAGGGCGCAUUGCGAACGUUGGCGUGCAUGGGACCAAGGUGGACUUGCAUCUCGAGACGCUGUGGGAUCGCAAUAUCAGCAUCCAUAUGUCCCUGGUCAAUGCAACGACGACGCCGCAGCUUCUACGCCUGGUGGAAUCGGGAAUGCUAGAUAUUGGUUCUAUUGUGACGCAUCACUUCCCAUAUACGGAGGGGGACAAGGCAUACGCAACCUUCCAGCAGGCUGCGCAGCAUCAGGCCCUCAAGGUGGCCAUCGACUUUGAAUGAACCUCUAACAGCACCAAACCAUGACAUAUUGGGGCAGUUUUAUUUCUAGGAGAUACUGGGUUGCUCUCUAUAGCCUGUCCAUCUUCACGUUGCCAACAUCACCAGGUUACUCUAGUAUCUAGUAUAGUACUAUAUUAUUCUACACAUUCUACUAGAAUAUAUACGGUUC